UUGGAAAGUGGAAGAUUUGAGCAGAACAAGACAUUUAGAGAUUGGAAUCAUCCGUGUUCCUCUCUCUCAUCUCUCUUUCUCUCUGUUCCCUCGGUUUCCUUACUUUGAAGUUUAAUCCAAUCCAAUAAUCCAAUAACUACAUACAAAGUUGAACAAUACCACCAUCAUAGCGUAUCAUCAUCAGAAUUCCAAGGUGGAUUUGCUUCAUCUUUUACUCCGGCUUCAUGCUGCAUGAGUAAAGGCCGUUAUGUUAUGCUCAUGGUGGAUUUUUGUGCAACUGGGACUAGGGGAAUUGAUGAUGUGGUGGUGGUGAGAAUGAUGUAUGGGGAGUAGAACUACCAGGAGGGUUGUUGGUGUUGAAGAUGACAAGGGAGCUGAAAGAGGAAUGCCGAGCUCCAAUUCUGAGUUACCCAUUUCCAAUUCAUGCUAUACAGAGGAGAGCACAAUUGAUUCUUUUCAUGUUUCUGACUUUGGAGCAUUUGAUCAGUCAUAUCGAAUAGGGGAUGCUGUUGACCUCAGUGGAAACCCAGUUUACAAUUCACUAAAAGUAAACAGCCAAACAAUUUCUCCAGGUUCUGUUCACAUUAGUAGUCUUGGUCAGUUGCCAACUUCACUUGAAAAAAGCCCAUUGACAAAUCAAAUAGAGCCGCAUAGGUUACGAUUACAGAAGGUUCAAUCAUCAAAUCCUGGCACAAUAUUAGUUGGUAAUACAGAUAACCAGGAGGAGUCUGCCAUGGCUGAUGCCAGUCCUAGGACUGAUAUUUCUACAGAUGGUGACACUGAUGACAAGAAUCAGCCGUAUGAUAGAAAUGAAGCCCUUGCUGCUGUUUCCGACUCUAGUGACAGAUCGAAAGACAAAUCAGAUCAGAAGACUCUCCGCAGGCUUGCUCAGAACCGUGAAGCUGCCAGAAAAAGCCGCUUGCGAAAGAAAGCGUAUGUCCAACAGUUGGAAAGUAGUCGUUUGAAGCUGACCCAACUAGAACAAGAGCUUCAGCGAGCUAGGCAGCAUGGGAUUUUCAUAUCAAGCUCGGGUGAUCAAGCACAUACAUUGAGUGGAAAUGGGGCAAUGCAAUUUGAUGCAGAAUAUGCAAGGUGGCUGGAAGAGCAGAAUCGACAAAUUAAUGAGCUGAAAGCUGCUGUAAACUCUCAUGCAAGUGACACUGAACUUCGCAUGAUCGUUGAUGGUAUAUUGGCACAUUAUGAUGAGAUUUUUAGGCUGAAAGGUGUUGCAGCUAAGGCUGAUGUUUUCCAUUUGUUGUCUGGUAUGUGGAAAACACCUGCUGAGAGGUGUUUUUUGUGGCUUGGUGGUUUUCGGUCAUCUGAACUCCUCAAGCUGCUGGUUAGUCAAUUGGAGCCUCUCACAGAGCAGCAGCUGAUGGGUAUUACCAACUUGCAGCAAUCCUCCCAACAAGCAGAAGAUGCAUUAUCUCAGGGCAUGGAAGCAUUGCAACAGUCCCUUGCAGAGACAUUGUCCACCGGAGCACCUGCCUCAUCUGGUUCAUCAGGGAAUGUGGCAAAUUACAUGGGUCAAAUGGCCAUGGCCAUGGGUAAGCUAGGGACACUUGAAGGGUUCAUUCAACAGGCUGACAAUCUUCGCCAACAAACUCUUCAACAAAUGCACCGUAUACUGACAACUCGCCAAUCAGCUCGUGCACUCCUUGCUAUACAUGACUACUUUUCGCGUCUGCGUGCUCUCAGUUCACUCUGGCUUGCUCGCCCUAGAGAUUGAUGGGCGCGGUAAAUAGUAUGGCAAAUUAAUUUUCAUGGAUCCAUCACUAGCAAUACUUGGUCAUCAUAACUCUUGACAAGUUUUCUUGUGUUGUUUUGUUGUACUCUUUGUAUCACUGAUGUUAGUGCUUCAUUGAGUCAGUCUAGAAACGAAAUUGGUGACAAGAAGUAUGAAUAUUACUAAUAAUAUUGUCCAUUGUAAUUGUUGAAGGGCUUUGUUUUUUCCAUACAAAUAUAGUUGGGCCAUAUGAUAUAUUUUAAGGGUUGUUUCAGUCGCCAUAGUUUACCCUUGGAUCUGAGUUCAUACAAAAUUGUUGAGUUUAUUCUUUUA